AUGGAAUUGAGCGAUACUCAACCAGAUGCCGCCCCGAUCGAAACGUCCAAACACCAUCAACUCGUAAUAACACCUGGAGGCACUAAGUAUUGGAUACCCCACUGUGAUGAUGCAAUUCGACCUCACAUUGGACAGCGGUUUAAGGGAUUAAAUGAGGCAGUUGAUUUCUACAUGACAUAUGCGUCUACGGUUGGUUUUGACGUCAGAAAUAGCACAUUGGUGAAAGCAAUUGAUAAUACGACGGUGCUUUGGAAAUACUUGGUGUGCUCACGUGAAGGCUUCAAAAAACACCCGAACACAGGCCAAAUGGUACCUGAUGUGGGCCGUGUAAGAAGGCGCAGGGUCUCCAACCGUGUUGGAUGUAAUGCACGAAUCGUGUUGCGAGUUGAUGGAAAAGACGGAAAUAAGACCGAUCCUCCUAAGACACUUGCCUGGUAUUUAAGAUGA